UUGGAUAAUGAUGAUGACGAAGAUGAUGGCGGCAAUGAUGAUGAUGAUGACGACCAAAUGAAUGAGUCCUUCGAUGCUGAAAUGGCUCACCUGGAAAGUGACAAAGAGGAGAGUGGCGAUGAGGAAAUGGAUGAGGUAUCCCAUCGUGAAGCAUCUCCAAGCCACCUCAGGCGUGCGUCCUG